CAGCUGUUACCCCAGCAACGUUGGAAGUACUCUUCCAUCACUUAUCUGAUGAUACAACAGUUUCCAGCACUAAAGCUUUAGCCCUACAUUGUUUGACCGAGGUUGUUCACACCCUUAAUUCAUGCUAGUCCUGACCAGCAGCAAGUGGAGCUUGCAACAGUGAUGGAUGGAUUUAUGAGAACUCUUGUUAAACUUUGCACAGGAGAUAGUGGAGAUAGUCAUCUGGUAGACAUUCUUCAAAUGAUUGAAACUUUUCAAGACCUUUUGAGCCACAAAGAUGCAUUGUCUGUUCGAAAAGUGUUCAAGGAUUUCCACCAUUCCAGAGUUCUUGUGGACUUGUUGUUGGACAUGAAGCUCACAGGAUCUAAUCGACAAAAGUUGGCUGCAGCAGUAGUUAAUACACUUACGAUAUUUGUGGCUUGUGGAACAAGACACAAGUAUCACUUCUUAGAGGCUGUAGGAUUUGAAAAACUGUUUACCAACUUAGAAGCUCUAGGAGAACCUUCUCAAGCCCUUCUAGAAGCCCUAUUUAGUCUUAGCACUGAAAGUUCCCCCAGGUCUAGUGAGGUGUCCAUCAGGAAUGCUCAGGUUAUGUGUGCAAUUAUUAGAUGGCUUCCAAGUAUUAGCUCCUGGGACCUUCAGGCUUGGACAGUAGACCAAAUUCUGAAAAUCUGUCAUUCGAACAUCCACAGCAACGUUUCUUGCUUUCAGGCUCAUCUUUCUAGUGUAAUUCUUUCUGUUUUAGAAAAUGAAAAGAUGUUAGGGGGAAAAACUGUAGGUUGUUUACUUAAACUCCUUGGAAAUUUAGGAUCUCAUUCCAUGACACUUAAGGAACUGAAGCAGCUCAUUCUGUUGUUAAGGCCUGACACUGAAAACAUGCAGUUCCCUUACACCCUAUCUCUGAUGUAUACACUCUCUUCAAUGGCAAAAAAAGAAGGAUGGUUAGAAGCAUCUCAUUUUUUUCAUUUUCAGGAGCUUCAAGAUGGAAUUACAAUUCAUGGGAUUCGAAAAUGGCCUGGAAUUGGCUUUGUUUUCCAUGGUUGGUUGAGGCUUGACAAACUUCAUCACAAACCAGAUAUUUCGCUAAAGAGACCUUUACGGAGAUUUCAGCUUUACAGUUUUCUAAAUAGUUAUGGGGCUGGAUUUGAGGCUUUCUUCACUGAAGACCAGUGUUUGGUUGUAGCAACAUCCACGAAGAAGGACUAUCAUGCAGCUUGUGUGAUUGAUCAACCCCUUAAUGAUGGAGCUUGGCAUUGUAUAGAUAUUUGCCAUUCUCCAGCUCGUAGACCAUUCACGCAAAGCUGUGUGACAGUUUAUAUUGAUGGAAGACAGAAGUUGACAGCUCAGUUAAAAUUUCCUUCUUUGUCGGAGUCAUUUACAUACUGCCGUCUGGGGACAGGAGGACAAAGAACAAGUUUGCUGGGACAUCAUGCAAAUAAUAAUGGAGAAUCGGUCACUGAUUCUACAUCAAUGAGUAUAGGAGGUGCAGCUCUAAACCAUCUGACCUCUUUCAUUGAUAAAGAACGAUUGAUGUCAGUUGCUUCAAAUGUGACCCUCCCAAGAUCCAUUCAAAAUGUCUUCAGAGUUGAACACGACCCAGCUGUACAAGUAUGUUCUGUUGGUCUACAGGAUAGUAACUGGGGGUUACCAGUUUCACUUCAUGGGCAGAUAGGAUCUGUGUGUCUGUUUCAUGAUGUACUGCUUUUAUCUCAGAUAAAAUGUUUGUAUUUACAAGGGCCUAACAGCACUGACAUAUUCAAUGUUGAGAAAUAUCCAGAGAUUGGUGACCUGGCAAACAGUCUGAUAUUUCGUUUUGAUGCUAAGGCUUAUUCAGCUGGUCGGUGUGUGGAUCUUUCCCCAUAUCGCUUAUUUGAUGGUCAUGUCACAGGGACCCAUGUUUCAACUGCAGCUGUGAAGGAUCUGCUGAAGCCACUGGGAGGAUUUCCAGCUCUCUACCCUCUUUUAGAGAAUGCAGGAAAAAUGCUUCGAAGCCAGCAACCAGACUUUUGUGGACUUUCUCCUCAAAAUGAAGGAAAAGACACAGAAGAUCUUUCUGAAGAAUGGGUAGUACUUUCAUCCAGAACACAUGCAGUGGAGUGGAGAGUUCACCAGAACCAGGUAGCCAGUUUCUUGCUGUUGGUUUUGCACAUGAUCCAGGGACAUCCCCAGAAUCAAGAUGAGCUUCUUGAAAAGAGUGGUAUUCCUAUCAUUGGUGCCCUUAUGCAGAAGAUUCCUUCAUCACUAGUGGAUGUAAACCUUCUGAUGGCUACCCAGUUACUAGUAGAAGGAGCUGCUAGCUGUGAAAAAUCUGCAGAGCUUUUACGAAGUAUUUAUCAAUACAUUUUGUUCGAUUUUGCAAUCUGGAGUAAAGGCACCUUUCCUGUACGAAUAGGUCAUAUUCAGUAUCUGUCAACAAUUAUCAAGGAUGACUGGAAGUAUUUUCGUAAACAUUAUGGUACACAAUAUUUCCUCGAUACUAUUCAAGCAUUCUACAGUAAUUGCACACUUUUAACAACAGAAGAUGUAAAGACUAUUCGUAUGUCGCUGUUUGGACUUAUGAAGUUCUACUUGUCUCGAAGUGUUAACUUUCAGGAAAUUUCUGCCCUUCUAGGAUUUCUCAUUACUGUUAAAGAAGAAGAGAUGGUUGGUGAAGUUUUGGAAACUUUGCAAGCUUUGGUUGAAAGUCCUCAUGCUAAAGACCAGUUGUUUUUGUUGUUGUAUGAACCCAGCUGCGGAGAAUUACUCUAUGGAAUUCUUUUAAAUCAAGAUUUCUCAUCAGUGUUAAAAACCAAGGUUUUAAGGUUAAUUUCCUCAUUGUUGAAAUCAGAUAAAGUAUAUGAAAAGUUCAAGUCACGUCUUCGUCUCCAUGAUAUUGGAAUCUCUUCUCUGACAACUUUGCUAACACCUCAGCAGUUUUCUCCUGAAAUGGUGUCUUAUCUUUUGGACCAAACCCUAAUGACAGAAACUGCUGAAAGCUUCCAAGGAGCUCUGUCUUUUCUCAGCUUUAUUCGUAACAUGGAAGUGGGUGUUAAAUUUAAUGCAAUUAAAAAGUUUCUAUGUAUAAUUCAAGAGAAGAGUUCCUGUUUGACCACAGUGGCCAACCAGAUAGGUUGGCAGGAAUGUCUACUAGGAUUGUUAAUAAAACAACCAAUUUCAGGUGUGACUGAUCCCUUGUCCUCAUGUGAUCUGAUAGACUUGUCAAGUGAUGUUGAGCAGAAGGAGUCACAGCAAGAUAUUGGUAUUUCUGAAACAGAAAAGGCUACAAGGACAGAAUCUCCAAGUGUGAAAAGAAGAUUGAGUUUAAGGAGACUUUCUCAGCAUUCAUCCAGCUCUCUUCGAUCCUUAGAAGAAUCUUUAUCAUCGCUUCCUAAAACCCCUCAGUUUCUCCUUCAGUUAAAGGACCACAUCUUUGAUUUUGAAAUACCACAUCUUUUGGAUAGACCCAGGUCCAACAGUCAGAUUUCCAGUACUGAUGAUGUGUCAACAAUAGUAGGAGAUGAAAAACUGGAUGAUGAUAUACAAGACUCCAGUUCCACUAGCAUAGAUUUUCAUGAUAAAGCCAGCAGCAUAGAGCAAAAUAUUGUUUUGGAUGGUGAACAAGUGGAAUCUGAUGUUCCAACUAACCUGCAUGAUGCCCUAUGUACUGCUGUGUGUGAAGCUGUAUUCCUGGUGAUGUGGAGAGGAUUUCAAGCUUCAGGAAAAGAAUCUUGGAUUGAGAGAGGAGAAGUAUUUGCAUGUAUAAAUAUGCUUGCCUUGAGCAACCACUUAUAUCAAUCACACUUGGAUAUCAAACGCUAUAUCUUGGAAUUAACCUUAGAGAGUUGUCUUGGUGAUCUGCAAGAAACUGGACAAGCAAGUGCAACCCACACAGAAAAUGCUAUGGAGCUAAUGAAGAUUGUUUAUGACUUUGUUGUUCUAGAAAAUGUCAAGGAUGACAGACGAUUGAGUGUUAAGCUUUUAGAAGAUGUUUUAAGCUUGUUGGACGUGUUGCUAGUGUUUGAAGAUUAUGCUGGUGAAGAAGGAUGGCUAGAAAUGGCAGAAAUGGGACUUGGAAUAAUCUUAGUGUGUGCCUCGUGUGAAAAUCUUGAAUUGUGUGCAAUAGCAACUGCCAAACUUCAUGCACUGGUACAAACACGUCCCCAUGCAAGCCUUAAUGAAACAUGCUACUUGCUGACAACAGUUGAUCGUGUGCUGACCCGUUCUGUUGAAGGUGAUCAAGAACACUACUCUUUUCUUAUUCCUGUGGUUCGAGCAUUGCUGGACAAGGUGAUUGGGAGUUUACAAGGAAGUCAAUAUUUACAAGGUCUGCCAGAUACUGUGGCUGGUCCUGCAUUUUUUGAAGACUUUCAGCACUAUAUCCUAAGUCAAGAGUGGCGAUUGUUCAUUAAUAAA